UCGCUCCAGUUCCGUAGCGGGCACAGCAUUUAGUUUAAAUGCCAUGAAUGCUGCAACCACCAAUGCUGCUGCUAAUCUAAAUGGUAGAGUAUCGAACUCAUCCUCACCAAACCCAACAGAGAGCACUGAUUAUUAUAAUACCCGUCGAGAAUCACUUAUAAAACCCACUUGGCAACACAUCACGCCUGGACAAAUACCACCAAAAACUUUGGAUAAAAUAAAUGGCAUCACAUCCGAUGAUUCUGAUGAUGAUGACUUUCCGAAACGUCCCAGUAUUGUGAUGCAUUACUAUACCAAUAACAAUAACAAUAGCCAAUUGCAUUUGGGCAACAAUAGUAAUAGUGGUGGGCUAUUGGCACGUAAGGAGUCUAUAGCUUUUAAUGCGCGUUGUGCAACUGAUUUGCUUGCUCAUAAAGAUACAUCGACCGUAACAAAAUUGUUCAGUGGCAGUAGUGGAAGUGGCAAUGCUACUGGGACUGCUGUAGCUGGUAACAGCAGUAAAGUUAGUGAUGUGGAUACUACUACUGCUAUUGAUGAUGGAAAUGGUGGCGUUAAUCUAUGUAAAAAUGCUGGACGUGCGCUUAUGCGUAUGAUAACGAACCAGGCCACAAGUAGUGUUGAUGAAGAUGACUAUGACGUUUUGGGGAAGGUGAUUAUGCUUGGUGACUCUGGAGUUGGAAAGACUUGCCUGUUGAUCAGAUUUCGCGACGGCAAAUACAUGCCAAACUAUUAUAUUACAACAGUUGGCAUUGACUUUAGGAAUAAAGUGGUAGUUGUGGAUAAUACACGAGUGAAGUUACAAAUAUGGGAUACAGCCGGACAGGAACGUUUUCGUAGUGUCACCCAUGCAUACUACAGAGAUGCACAUGCUCUGCUGCUUCUCUAUGAUGUUACGAAUAAGACAACCUAUGACAACAUACGAGCCUGGUUGGGUGAAAUUCGAGAAUAUGCUCAAGAUGACGUCGUCAUUGUGCUAAUUGGCAACAAAGCGGAUUGCAGCAACAGUGAACGGCAGGUGAAGCGUGAAGAUGGUGAAAGAUUGGCCCGGGAGCAUAAUGUACCCUUUAUGGAGACGUCAGCAAAAACGGGUCUAAAUGUGGAAUUGGCAUUUGCGGCGGUUGCCAGGCAACUUAAAAGCCGUGGCAAUGACAAUGGCGAUGAUGGAAAAUUCAAUGUGCAUGAUUUUGUACGAGACAAUACCAGAGCUCGUACCAUUUGCGCUCAGUGCAAGUCAAUGUAAUUUACUUAUUUUUUUAAUUUUUUUUUUUUGUAACAUC